CUGGGAGUUUGCAGACCGUCCCUGCCGAGGCCCGCUCGGCGGCGGCCCUGCGGCUCCCGCGGCAGCCCCGGGCGGCCCCGGGCGCGUUCGAGCCCAGGUUGCCGCGCCUCAGGCUCAGGGCGCCGCGACCCCUUCCCCGCCGCCCUGGGCCCCGCGGGGACGGCGGCUGGCGGGCGGUCCCGGCUGCUGCUGUUGCUGCUGCUGCUGCCGCUGCCCAACAAGGAGGAGUGAUUACUGUUCUAAAGUGGACAUUGGAGGAGGAUGCAUUAGGCCGUCAGAAUGGAAGUGAAGUCGACUCACGCAGGAGCCGGAGUGAAACCCACGAACCCACAAACCCAGCCUACACCAUGAACUCGUGUCUCCCUUCUCUGCUGUAAGAGCCAAGGGCGGGUGAAGUUGCUGGAGAGCAAUGGCUCUCUUCCCUCUGUGGAAGUUGUCUUCUCAGAAGCUGGGCUUUUUCCUCGUGACUUUUGGCUUUAUUUGGGGUAUGAUGCUCCUGCAUUUUACCAUCCAGCAGCGAACUCAGCCUGAAAGCAGCUCCAUGCUGCGCGAGCAGAUCCUGGACCUCAGCAAGAGGUACAUCAAGGCGCUAGCUGAAGAAAACAGGAAUGUGGUGGAUGGACCGUACGCUGGUGUCAUGACAGCUUACGAUCUGAAGAAAACGCUUGCUGUGUUGUUGGAUAAUAUUUUACAGCGCAUUGGCAAGUUGGAGUCGAAGGUGGACAAUCUUGUAAUCAAUGGCACAGGAACAAACUCGACCAACUCCACCACAGCUGUUCCCAGCUUGGUAGCACUUGAGAAGAUUAACGUGGCAGAUAUCAUUAAUGGAGCUCAAGAAAAAUGUGUAUUGCCUCCUAUGGAUGGCUACCCCCACUGCGAGGGGAAAAUCAAGUGGAUGAAAGAUAUGUGGCGCUCGGAUCCCUGCUACGCAGAAUACGGAGUGGAUGGGUCCACCUGCUCUUUUUUUAUUUACCUCAGUGAGGUUGAAAAUUGGUGUCCUCAUUUACCUUGGAGAGCAAAAAAUCCCGUCGAAGAAGCUGAUUACUAUUCAGUGGCGAAAAUUCGUAAGGAUUUUAAUCUUCUCUACAGUAUGAUGAAAAAGCAUGAAGAAUUCCGGUGGAUGAGACUGCGGAUCCGGCGAAUGGCUGAUGCCUGGAUCCAAGCAAUCAAGUCCCUGGCAGGGAAGCAGAAUCUUGCGACGAGAAAGCGGAAAAAAGUCCUUGUGCACCUGGGACUCCUGACGAAGGAAUCUGGAUUUAAGAUUGCAGAGACAGCUUUCAGCGGUGGCCCUCUUGGUGAAUUAGUUCAGUGGAGUGAUUUAAUUACAUCUCUGUACUUACUGGGCCAUGACAUUAGGAUUUCAGCUUCACUGGCUGAGCUCAAGGAAAUAAUGAAGAAGGUUGUGGGAAACCGAUCUGGCUGCCCAACUGUAGGAGACAGAAUUGUUGAGCUCAUUUAUAUUGAUAUUGUGGGACUCGCUCAAUUCAAGAAAACUCUGGGACCAUCCUGGGUUCAUUACCAGUGCAUGCUCCGAGUUCUGGACUCAUUUGGAACCGAGCCAGAGUUUAACCAUGCUAACUACGCCCAGUCUAAAGGCCACAAGACCCCAUGGGGAAAGUGGAAUCUGAACCCACAGCAGUUUUAUACCAUGUUCCCUCAUACCCCAGACAACAGCUUUCUGGGGUUUGUGGUGGAGCAGCACCUGAACUCCAGCGACAUCCACCACAUUAACGAAAUCAAAAGGCAGAACCAGUCCCUUGUGUAUGGCAAAGUGGAUAGCUUCUGGAAGAAUAAGAAGAUGUACUUGGACAUUAUUCACACGUACAUGGAGGUGCAUGCGACUGUUUACGGCUCCAGCACCAAGAAUAUUCCCAGUUACGUGAAAAACCAUGGUAUCCUCAGCGGACGGGACCUGCAGUUUCUUCUCCGAGAAACCAAGUUGUUUGCUGGACUUGGGUUCCCUUACGAGGGCCCGGCUCCCCUGGAGGCCAUCGCCAAUGGAUGUGCUUUUCUGAAUCCCAAGUUCAACCCACCCAAAAGCAGCAAAAACACGGACUUCUUCAUUGGCAAGCCAACUCUAAGAGAGCUGACAUCCCAGCAUCCAUACGCUGAAGUUUUCAUCGGCCGGCCACACGUUUGGACUGUCGACCUCAGCAAUCAGGAGGAAGUAGAGGAUGCGGUGAAAGCAAUUUUAAGUCAGAAGAUUGAGCCGUACAUGCCAUAUGAAUUCACAUGUGAGGGGAUGUUGCAGAGAAUCAAUGCUUUCAUUGAAAAACAGGACUUCUGCCACGGGCAGGUGAUGUGGCCGCCCCUCAGUGCCCUGCAGGUGAAGUUUGCUGAGCCAGGCCAGUCCUGCAAGCAGGUGUGCCAGGAGAACCAGCUCAUCUGUGAGCCAUCUUUCUUCCAGCACCUCAACAAGGACAAGGACAUGCUAAAGUACGAGGUGAUCUGCCAAAGCUCAGAGCUGGCCAAGGACAUCCUGGUGCCCUCCUUCGACCCCAAGAACAAGCACUGUGUGUUUCAAGGUGACCUCUUGCUGUUCAGCUGUGCCGGCGCCCACCCCAGGCACCACAGGAUCUGCCCCUGCCGGGACUUCAUCAAGGGCCAGGUGGCUCUCUGUAAAGACUGUCUAUAGCGGCCACUGGCUUAGCCCGCACACACGCUGCUGGGGAAGAUGGUGGCUCCGUCUGGCCACUGGGGGCAGACGUCAUUCAGGAACUCUCGCCAGAGCCUGGACUUCUUCAUGGAAGAUUUUGACUUGAUAUUGCUCCUCCCAUUAAUGGAGCCUCCCAGUAGGGUUCUCACCAAAAUGAGAACCAAAAUGGCUCCCGUCUAGAGCAGCUGUCAGGCCCCAGCCAGGAGCCUGGCUUCUCCCUGGCACAAUUUUGUUUUUCUUAUUUGAGGAGCAACUGUAGGGAGACUGUCAGUGCAGCUGCUCCAGGGUAGAAAGAGAGUCUAAAGGUUCAUUUAAAACAAAACAAAACAAAACCAGAGGAGGACUUGAGCUGGUUGGAAGGAACUUUGUGUGGGAACAUUCCUAAACCCAUUAACUUAUUUAUU